AUGCCUCCAAAGAGCACGAAAUCAACCUCUUCUUCUUCGUCUUCUUCUCCUCCAAAGAGCACGAAAUCAACCUCUUCUUCUUCUUCUUCUUCUUCUUCUUCUUCUUCUUCUUCUAGUAAGGCAAAGCCUGCACCCCUUCGUGCUUUUGGUAAGGCAAAGCCUGCAGCAUCAAAACCAACGACCAAAUCCUCAAAGGCAGCAACCAAGACAGCAGAUGCAAAAACUACAGCCAAACCUGCAAAAGCUGAUGAGAGUACAAAGAAAGAUGCCACUGUUGAAAUCAAUCAGGAAAUGAAAGAGCUGAAAAUUGAAGAGCGUGAAAUAACAGUGAAACAGAUCACCUCAGUUUUAUUUGAAGAUGACAUCUCAAAAGAAACAAAAAAAUGGCCACUUGUGAUUGAUGCCCCAUCAUCACCAUGCAGCACAUUUCUGAGAUACAGAGAUGUAAAUUAUAUCAAUGCAAUCAACCCUGAUGACUUCAAAGAAGAGAAGAUGAGAUUAUCCCUGUUAGGAUCUAUAAGGUUUGGAAAGACAUUUGUUAUUGACAUGAUGGAUAAAGACAUUUGGAACCUGGUUGUAGAGAAACUUGACAAAAUGCUACCAGGCUUAGCAAAUUCACUCCUUGAUAAAUCUCUUGUUCCAGAAAAUAAGUUCAUACCCCUAAUAAAGGAGAGUGAUGGUUCAGAAUAUACAGAAGAAAGAAUGGUUCAUGAUAUAAUGAAUCCUGAAUAUGCUGUGCUUAUAGCAACACAAUGGUUUGAGGAUGCUACACACUUAUAUAAAUUGUAUUGGAGUACAGAUCUGAGAGGUGAUUCCAUCAACAAUCCUGUACUCAUCCUGGAUUAA